GGGUCGGAGGGCACCCGAAGCGGGUGUCAUGGCGACCUCCAUGCUGGGUUCUGUCCGCGGCCCAAGGCCAUUCGGUUUGGCUAACCUGUUCCAUCGCCAGCCGCCUCGGGAUGCGUGGGAACGUGUGCGGCGCCUGCCGGGGCCCUCGGCGGUCCGGCGCAGCGUGGCGGCGGCCAGCGGACCAGGCAUCCCCGGUUCCCACCUCUACUGCCUGGAGCUGCUGAGGAAACGAGAUUAUGAAAGUUACUUGUGUUCCUUACUGUUCCCUGCAGAGUGUCAAAGGUCUGCUUCUGCACUGCGGGCCUUCAAUGUGGAACUGGCUCAGGUUAAGGACUCAGUCUCUGAGAAAACAAUUGGACUGAUGCGUAUGCAGUUCUGGAAAAAAGCUGUGGAAGAUAUGUACUGUGACAACCCACCACACCAGCCUGUGGCCAUUGAACUCUGGAAGGCUGUCAAGAAACAUAACCUAACUAAAAGGUGGCUCAUGAGAAUCAUUGAUGAAAGAGAAAAAAAUCUGGAUGACAAAGCGUACCGCAGUAUCCAGGAACUUGAAGAUUAUGCUGAGAAUACGCAGGGUUCCCUGCUCUACCUGACACUGGAGGUGCUGGGCGUGAAGGAUCUUCAUGCAGAUCAUGCUGCAAGCCACAUUGGAAAGGCACAAGGCAUUGUCACGUGCUUGAGAGCAACACCCUAUCACAGUAGCAGGAGACAGGUGUUCCUGCCCAUGGAUGUCUGUGUGCAGCAUGGUGUUUCACAAGAGGACUUUCUACGGAGGAACCAAGAUAAAAAUGUGAGAGAUGUAGUAUAUGACAUUGCCAGCCAGGCACACUUGCACCUAAAGCAUAAAACCCCCUUCCACCCUCAGCUGAUGACACACAGCCUUUUGUGAGUAUGAGCUUUCUCAGUGAGCUCGUCCACAGAAUGUCUGCCUUCCUUCCACGAUGCCUGUCUCUCUUUCCCCUGAGAGCCCCAUUCGCAGCCAGCAUUCUCAGUCGCUGGAGCCUUUAUGUCCUGCUGCAGGCUGGGCUUAUGGCUGCCCCAGACGUCUGGCUCUGUCCUGCUGACUGCAUGCUCCCUCUGCUCUCACUGCUGCCUCAGAGGGAAGGCAUGCCACCCAGCUUUGUGUUGCCUAGCCGUUCCAACGGGACUCCAGCUGCGAAGGGUCCCAACUGACCCGAACUGAAGUCAUCUUACUCUCCCUCUUACUCUCUUUUUGACCUUUCUACCGUGAAUUUAUUUUUCCAUUUGACUCUCCAACGGCUCCUAAAUGGUGUGCUCCUGAGUCUGGUUUUGUUCUUUAAGAGUUUACUCCUGAGACGAUGCCGGGGCCUAGCAAACACAGGAGUGGAUGUUCACAGUCAGCUAUUGGAUGUAUCACAGG